AUAAUUGUUCUAGUCACAAGCUUGAUUUUUUAAAUCUACAAUAUGUAGAUGUACAUUUUUUACCUGCAAAUACAACAUCAAAAAUCCAGCCAAUGGAUGCUGGAAUAAUUAUGAGCUUUAAAAGGCACUAUCGUCGUCAUCAUAUUGCCUGGAUGUUGCAACAAAUAGAGACAGAAUAUCGUGCAGAAGACUUAAAAAUGGACGUUUUACAAGCCAUUCGGUACACUAUUCAGGCUUGGAAAGAAGUAACUAAUGAUACUAUUCGCAACUGCUGGCGUCAUACUAAUAUUCUUCCUAAAAGCUUUAAUGCAGACCUACGAAAUCUCUCAGAAAAUGUUAAUCAAAAUGUUGAAUCUGAGAUUAAUGAUCUCAUUACAAUGAUUGAAAACCUUAAUUUUUCAGAUCCUAUGCAAGUUGAAGAGUUUCUAAAUAUCCCCGAUGAAAAUCUUGCUUAUGAGAUUCCUGAUGAUGAACUUGCGAUUGCAGAGCUU